GCUUCCGGAAAUUAGAUUCAAAAAGCUCUGGCGCUUAACCCUAGUACUUGGUGAGUGGGUGGGCCGGUGAUUGUGCGCUGCCGCUGUGGAGUUAACGUCGGGAAUCAGCGCGGAGAGCUGCAGCAGCAGGGAAAGGGGUGAGGAAAGUAGACAGGAAAAAGUCAUGGAGGCAGAUGUAAUAGCAGAUCUUCGACGCAAACUCAAAGAGACUGAAGAAGAGCGACGGAAAGCUGCACAGUAUGGUUUACAGCUAGUGGAGAGCCAGAAUGAACUGCAGAGCCAACUGGAUAAAUGCCGUAAUGAGAUGAUGACCCUGACUGAGAGCUACGAACAAGAAAAAUACACUCUUCAGAGAGAAGUUGAGCUCAAGAGUCGAAUGUUAGAAAGUCUGAGCUCCGAAUGUGAAACUAUUAAACAACAACAGAAAAUGCAUCUGGAGCAGUUAGAAGAAACACUGACCAGAAGCCACGGGCAGGAAGUGAAUGAACUAAAGAAAAAGUUAGAAACACUGAAAGCUGAAUUAGAUGAAGCUCGGCUAAGUGAAAAGCAGCUGAAGCACAAAGUGGACCAUCAGGAGAAACUCCUUUCUAGUAAAUCAAAGGAAAUGCAAAUGUCUGAACGGGUACAUGAAAGUGUGUCUUCAGAGACGCUGACUCUUCAAAUUGAGCUGACCGAAAUGGAAAAUGUGAAGACCACCCUCCAAGAAGAAGUGAAUGAGCUACAGUACAGGCAAGAACAACUCGAACUUCUUAAUUCUAGUUUAAUGCGCCAGGUAGACCGGCUUAAAGGAGAAAAAAAAGAGCGGGAGAAAGAAGCGGUUUCUUACUACGAUGCCUUAGAGAAAGCUCGUGUAGCGAAUCAGGACCUUCAAGUGCAGCUAGACCAGGCCCUCCAGCAGGCCUUGGACCCUAACAGUAAAGGCAACUCUUUGUUUGCAGAGGUGGAGGAUCGAAGGGCAGCGAUGGAACGUCAGCUUAUCAGCAUGAAGGUCAAGUAUCAGUCACUGAAGAAGCAAAAUGCGUUCAAUAGAGAACAGAUGCAAAGAAUGAAGGUACAGAUCGCUACAUUGCUGCAAAUGAAAGGGUCUCAAGCUGAAUUUGAACAGCAGGAACGGUUGCUUGCCAUGUUGGAGCAGAAGAAUGGUGAAAUUAAACAUCUCUUAGGUGAAAUUAGGAAUCUGGAGAAAUUUAAGAGUUUAUAUGAAAGUAUGGAACCUAAGCCUUCAGCCAACUCUGUUGCUCUGGAAGAUGACACCUAUUACACAGAUUUACUUCAAAUAAAGCUUGACAACUUAAACAAAGAAAGUGAAAGCAUUAAAGGUGAAUUGUCCAUCCAGCGAAUGAAAGCAUUACUUGAGAGCCAGCGGGCUCUGGAUAUUGAGCGGAAACUUUUUUUAAAUGAAAGGCACCUCCAGCUUUCCCGAAGUGAAAAUAUGAAACUGAGAGCUAAAUUAGAUGAACUAAAACUGAAGUAUGAACCUGAAGAGAAAAUUGAAGUGCCUGUACUCAAAAAGAGACGUGAGGUCCUGCCUGUGGAUAUAACCGCCCCUAAUGGUAUAUGUGCCACCAAUGAUGAUGGGAAAGAAGUUUAUAGAUUAUCACCACAGAAAGAGGAGGCACAAUCCUAUUCUAACGGUUUGGAAGAUAACAACUUGCAGCUGGAAAAGACAGUUUCUGUAAACACAUCAGGAGUCAUUCUCUCUCCUUACAAAAAUCUGCCCAUGGAUGUUCAGCCAAGAAAGGAAAAGAAGUGUGUGAAACUUAUAGGAGUUCCAGCUGACUCAGAAGCCUUAAGUGAAAGAAGUGGAAACACCCCUAACUCUCCCAGGUCAGUGUCUUUCCUUCAAGGCAGGGAGCAGCCCUCUCCAUCUCGCCUCUAUCGCUGCAUGAACUGUGCUAUCUGUUUCUUAAUCUAUUUUCUUAGUAUUGUAUGCAGUAUAAUUCCCCAGUUUCAUCUACGUACCUUCCAAUUUUCUAAAACUUUAAGAAAGACUUAAGAUGAUUGCCUGGGGAAAAGACUCCUGAAUAAGGGAAUUAUUUUAAACAGUAACACUUUUCUGUGUCACGAGUCUAGUACAUCUCUGAAUGUUUUGUUGUUUUGAAUAAAUGUAGUUAUUUUUUUCCCGGUUCAGGAGUGACCUGAAAGAAAAAUUACCUUACCUCCUAAAAGGGCUUUCCAAUUAGUACUAAGAAAUUUCAGCCUUCCAAAAAACUGUUAGGUGAAAUUUUUUUAUGGCUUUUGAAAUUGUUUAUUCUAAUCCUUCAAGCAUGUGCUUUAAUACCUAUUCUGACAUUUUAAAAUAUCAAAGGUAACUCGUUUUCAAUUUACACCCAAACUUCAAAGCCUCUAGUUUCUGCAUAAUUGAGUUUGUGACUAAAAGAGAAGGUGUCAGACAUACAUGUCUGUAGCAAUUAACAUUUAAAAAAAAAUUAAAAUAAUAGAGGCCAGAAAGAAGGUAAGAGAAAGUGAGUGGAAGGGAAAGGUAGGUACAGUGACUGAGGUUAGGGUGGUGUAAAAACACAUUCUUGAUGUGUGUAGCAGGGCCAAGUGUGGGCAAAAAAGAAGUGAAUGAGGAAAAUGGAGAAGGUAAAAAAGGAUGAUAAAAGAUGAAGGAUAUCUUUAUGCAGUGGAAUGAUAGUGGAAUUAAAAUAAAUAGACAUUUUAAAAAUUAAGCAUAUUGGCAUGAAAAUAGUUAGCUGGGAUUGUCUGCAAUGAAAGGAGAUCUUUAAGGUGCUAUUAUAUCUUUAAGGUACUACAUCAGUCUUAAUGGAGACAUACAAAUAAGACAUUUUACAUUUUACUAAAUGUAGUAUUUAACAAUGAAAGCAUUUCAACAGUAUUGCAGCUUUUAUUGUUAAUUGGAGUAAUGUAUUACUCCAUUUCUUGAAUUUUUAUGUAAUAGCAUUAUAACCUAUAAGUCACUUGAACUAAAAGCUUAAUAUUCUCAAGGAAAAAGUUACCUUUAAAUGAAUGCUAUCUGACACAUGGUUUCGACUAAUUGUGAAUUGAAUUCAACAAGUUAUGCUUGUGUAUAUGUGAUUCAUUGUGUAUGUGUGCUUGACCAUUGUAUAUUUCUGGAGGUGAAUUUCUAGAAUUGAUCAGUGCAAAUCUUACUCUCUAUGUUGUCUUCAUUUCUUCUGCUGCUUUCUUUUGCUUAAUAAAAAUUAUUCAAGCAAAUGUUCAGCUACUUAUUUGACUCAA